UUUUCCCGCUGACCACUUUGCGCACCGGGAGGUGGUUUUCCGGAUCGAUUCUUGCUGGGUCCUUGUCCUCCGGCCGUUUUUCCCGAGAACGCGACCAAAAACGAGAGGGAGAGACAGAGGUCUCCUUCAUUGCCGUAGCGGAAAACUGCAUAUCGUGUUUUUCUUUUCCGGCACUCGCCGCCCUUGAUCCGGGGGAUCCAGGCGCCGCUCCUUAAAUGGGAGAGGCGGUCCCGGCAGAGAUCGAGGCGGUAGUCGCGGAUCUAGGGUGAUUUUGAACCGUGUCCCGCGGGAAUUGAGGGUUUGCGGAUGGCGUCGGCGCAGGACGCUUCAUCUUCGUCUUCUUCUGCUCGCAAAAAGCAAGGCCAUCUCGAGGCUGGGAAACGGCGGCUAGAGGAAUUCCGCAAGAAAAAGGCGGAAGGUCGGGCUAAAAGGGUGCCGUCUCCUGGCCACUUUCCUUUGGCUGAUGUUGCCAACGGUGUGACAGCUCAGUUGGCCGUAGAAAACCAGCCAUCUAAGGUACCUCCUCCAGUGAAUGCAAUCGAUGAAGUCUUGAGCAGCAGCCGCAAUGCAAUUCCGUCUGCAGAUGGCACCACAGUACUUCUUCCUAAUGGCAGGCAUGAUCUUUCACUUCCGGUUCCUGAAAGCAUUCGGACGAAAGAACAUGAGCAAGCUUCUGAGUCCAAGGCGAUCAGCGAUUCUGAGUCCUAUGGUGGCCGUGGUGGUGUCGAUGACAUCCUAUUAAGCGAGAGCCAUGAAUUCAAGCCUUACGUUGUAACCGAAGAAGGUUCUUUUGCCAGGAUAGUCACAGAGAGGUCUGUCUUUGCUGACCCUGGCAGAACUGACCUUGAUCAUUUCGAUUAUAUCAAAAAUGCCCAUUUGGUAGAAAAUGAUGUUGGAUGCGUCAACAACUCCUUAGAAGAUAAAGGAAGGUUAGACAGAAGACACUCACACUCAGUUGACAUGUCAUCAAAUUUUUUUCCACGUGGACUUGGCAAUGCUUUGGGCUGUGCUGCUGGCUACUCUGCAUCUAAGUCAUAUGAUGACGUUCACUUCUAUUCCAGUUUUCCGGAGUCAUCUGACCAUCCUAGGCAUGCUAUUAAUGAGGUGUCCACUACCAACUUUACUGGUGCUGGAGUUAUAGGUCAUCGAAUCUUCAAUGCUGGUGAUUCUCAUAUAGAUCACGGAUUAAAGCAGAAAUCAGUGCUUCCCUCUACAAUCUCAUCCUUGAAACAUGAAACUACUUCUAACUAUACAACUUCAGACACAAUUACUUUGGAAUCCAAUUACAGAUCUCGUCCAUCUUUUCUUGAUUCUAUUCUUGUACAAAAAGUACCUUCUAGCUCCCCUGCUUCACUUCCUGAAUUGGAAAACAGAGAUCCUUUACGGUCUCCCAAAAUCUCAAACAAUGAUGCUGUAGCAGUCCAGUCAUCUUCCCCAUAUCCUGCAACAGUCAAGCCUCUUGUGAACAGGGAUGACUCAUAUCAGAAAAAGUCAUGGGACCGCGAUGUCAGGCAUCUCUCAUAUGAUGUAACUGAUGGUAAAACAUCUCCAAAGCAUGGGGGAAUACAAAGAGGGCUAGAGAGUUCAUAUGCGCUGAAUGAUGAUUUCUCAGCUUUAGAACAGCAUAUUGAGGACUUGACCCAAGAAAAGUUCUCUCUCCAGCGGGCUUUAGAUGCCUCAAGAACAUUGGCUGAGUCUUUAGCUGCAGAGAAUUCAUCUCUCACGGAUAGCUUCAACCAGCAGGGUGAAGUUGUCAGUCAAUUGAAAUCUGAUUUAGAGAAGUUGCAAGAAGAAAUAAGGACCCAGGUGUCAGCUCUUGAAGAAAUGAGAAUUGAGUACACCAAUGCACAACUUGAAUGCAGUGCAGCUGAUGAACGAGCAAAACUUUUAGCAUCUGAGGUUAUUGGGUUAGAAGAAAAAGCACUCAGAUUGCGAUCAAAUGAACUAAAGCUGGAAAAACAACUAGAGAGCUCAAAUGCUGAAAUAGCUUCAUACAAGAAAAAGGCUUCUAAUUUAGAGAAGGAACACAGAAACUUACAGUCGACAAUUGAUGCUUUGCAGGAAGAAAAAAAAGUGCUACAGUCCAAGUUACUUAAGGCCUCUUCUAAUGGAAAAUCAGUUGAUACUCGAAAGGCAAGCAAUGUUACAAAAGAUGCAUCAACAUCCACUGACGAUUUAGGUAUGUUGGCAGCAGGUGGUAGUGAAACUUGUUUUCCAGGUGUGGUUUCUAAUGCCAUUGAUCAUGGCAAGCUGGAAGCAGAAUCUUUUUCCCUUGAACAGAAUAUUAUGUCUGCUAGCUGUUCCUCAAUGCCAGAUGUUGCAUUUCCUCUUGUAUCUACUUCUGCAUCCAUUCCGUCAGAUCAGUUGCAGAUGGUUGAGAACAUUAAUUCCCUUAUUGCAGAGCUAGCAUUGGAGAAAGAAGAGUUGGUACAAGAACUGGCUUCUAAAUCCUCACAUGCUUCUCAUUUAAAAGAUCUGAACAAAGAAUUAUCACAAAAGUUGGAAGCUCAGACCCAAAGGCUAGAGCUCUUAAUUGCCCAAAAUAUCGCUCACGAGCAACCAACAAUGAGGCUGGCAGAAUCUCAUAAUGUACAAAGUGUUACAACGUAUGCUGACGAAGGGGAUGAGGUGGUUGAAAGAGUUUUGGGUUGGAUAAUGAAACUUUUUCCUGGUGGCUCAUCAAAGCGACGUACAAGCAAGCUCCUAUGACAAGGCAUGAGUAACUAGAUACGUAUUAGAGUAUCUCUAUCUCUGUCUUCCCUUUCCCCCCACACUUCCCUCCUUUGAUGGUGGAAUAGAAUCUGCCAUUUGUAUAUGUCAUGCAAGUAAUGUAGGUCGAUUCUUUCAAAAGAAAAUGUUACAUUCUUCCAUAAGUAUGGAAGUCACCUAAUUUCAUUCUGUUGGCAAUAAAAAGUCAUUUGCCUCUGGGAAACAUCAACAUGUAGGAUGGCAAACUUGUACCUGAUUUUGUGGUAGCUAUACAUUUGUGCACUUCUUUUUAUGUGGGAAGAGUUGGAACUACUGAUUUGUAUGAGUGCAAGCGUGCGGUAUGUGUUUUAUUUGUAAUGGAAGCUGAGAAUGUUGAAAUAAUCCAUUUUCACAUUAUCCUUGUA